AUGGCAUGUAUAAGCGCUAUCUUUAUAAUUGAUUUAAAAGGAAAAGUAAUAAUUAAUAGAAAUUAUCGAGGAGAAGUAAAUGUAAAUUUAACAGAGGUGUUUUAUAAUUGUGUUAUUGAUCAAGAAGACAAUUUAAUAAAACCAAUAUUUCAUGUUAAUGGUUUAACAUAUUGUUGGGUAGCUCAUAAUAAUAUAUACUUUUUAGCAGUAACACGUAAGAAUAGUAAUGCUACAUUAAUUAUAGCAUUUUUAUAUAAACUCAUACAAGUAUUAAAAGAUUAUUUUAAGGUAUUAGAAGAAGAAAGUAUUAAAGAUAAUUUUGUAAUCACAUAUGAAUUAUUAGAUGAAAUGAUUGAUAAUGGUUUCCCUCAAUUAAGUGAAGUAAAAAUUUUAAGAGAAUAUAUAAAAAAUAAAGCUCAUCAACUAACAGUUAAUAAUUUUAAAAUACCUUCAGCUUUAACAAAUUCUGUAUCAUGGAGAAAUGAAGGUAUUAAAUAUAAAAAAAAUGAAAUUUUCUUAGAUGUUGUUGAAAGCUUAAAUAUUAUUAUAUCUUCUAAUGGUACAGUAUUAAGAAGUGAAAUUUUAGGAUGUCUUAAGAUGAAAUCCUAUUUAUCAGGUAUGCCUGAAUUAAAAUUAGGAUUAAAUGAUAAACUACUUUUUAAUAAAAAUCUUAGUAAUUAUCCAAAUUCAUCAAAUAAUAAUCUUAAUAAUAAAACAAAACUAGUUGAAUUAGAAGAUAUUAAAUUUCAUCAGUGUGUUAGAUUAUCAAAAUUUGAAAAUGAUAGAACUAUUUCAUUUAUACCACCUGAUGGUAUAUUUAAUUUAAUGACUUAUCGUCUAAGUACUCAUGUCAAACCAUUAUUCUGGCUAGAUAUUAAUAUCACAAAGAAAUCCCUCACAAAAAUCGAAUAUACUGUAAAGGCAAAAUCACAAUUUAAAAAUAAAAGUAUAGCGAACAAUGUAGAAUUUCAUUUACCUGUACCUGCUGAUGUUGAUUCACCACAUUUUCAAACAUAUAUAGGAACAGUAAAAUAUUAUCCAGAUAAAGAUAUACUAAUAUGGAAAAUUAAACAAUUCCAAGGACAAAAGGAAUAUAUUAUGAAUGCACAAUUCGGUUUACCUUCCAUUGUCUCAAACGAAAAUAAAGAUCUUUAUUAUAAGAGACCAGUAAAUGUGAAAUUUGAAAUCCCUUAUUUCACUGUCUCAGGUAUAACAGUAAGGUAUUUAAAAAUUAUAGAAAAAAGUGGUUAUCAAGCCUUGCCCUGGGUCAGGUAUAUAACGCAAAAUGGGGACUAUCAGGUCAGAAUGUCCUAG